UGAACCUGUAUUUAAAUGUGUGUUGCCUACACGCCUUCAUUCUUACCCAAGAGCAACGGGCUGCACAAUGUUGGGAAUAAAGACAUUUUGUCCGAGCUGGGCGUGGUCAACUCACAUUCUUUUGACGCAAGAGGGAGUUUUUUCUGAGGUUAAAGUUUAAAGAGAAGCUUUCCAACCGAAUGCACAGAUCACUGGGAAACUAUGGAUGAAAAGGAAGAUUUUGUGGUGAUUGACCCUAGCAUCCCUGAGGAGGGCCCAUCAGCGCCCCCGCCUGGCUGGUUUGAUUGCGUGACGGGUUAUGAAGACUCCAAAGGAGGAGAAAAUCCUGAUGAGAAUUACCAUCCUCCACCUCCCUAUGCUCUGCCAGACAGCAAUCAGAAUGCUUUUGUCCCCAAUGUGAGGUUGCCAACGGUGUCAGAGGAUGUGGCCCGUGAAGCUCUCCUGCAGUUUGUGGAGAAGAAGUGGACCUACAGCAGCAAGCCGGCCAAACACCUAGUCUUCAAGGACCUCAGGCCAUUAACAGUAUACAGGUACCGUUUGGAAACGUACACAGAGUCCAGAUCGAGCGCCUGGGAGUCAGAGCCAUAUUCUGGCCAGUAUGUGGAUGGACCCCAGAAUGGCAUGAGCCCACCGCCGUGGCAAGUCCAGGUGGAGUAUCCUCAGAAGUAUACAGAUGUGAUCCUCAAAGUCCGGGUGCCACACUCCGCUGUUAUUAAGGGAUGCUAUCGAUGUCAGUGUGCUGGGAGUGUGCGCUGCUCACGUUGUCACACCCGAGGAAAGGUGCGCUGUUUGCAUUGUCACGGUCAUGGUAGGGUUGGUGCUGGGAAGAAACGAAGAAUGUGCACUUGUUGUGCUGGCCGUGGACACAAAAGGUGUACUCAGUGUCACGGUCGUGGUGUUAUAACGUGUCCCACCUGCCAAGGGCAAAGGAACCUUUUGCACUUCAUCCAGCUGACUAUCACCUGGAAGAACCAAGUCAUGGAGUUCAUACCAGACAAGCUGCCUGAGUUUCCACUGAAGAAUUUUGAGAAAGUGUCUGGAGAUAACUUUUUUGAGGAUGAAAACCUUUUGGUCUAUCCCAUCGUGGGCUUCCCUGACCAGGAGAUAUGUGAGAUGUCUAAGAAAGGGAUUGAGGGGCACAUAAGCAAGUUCUCCUCCAUCAGCCGUAUCCUACAGCAGCGGCAGACCAUAGAGUUGGUUCCACUCACCCAUGCCUUCUACACCUAUCAAGGAAAGGACUACGACUACUUUGUCUAUGGAAAUGAAAACAAAAUUUACAUCCCUAAAUACCCCUCCGCUUGUACAAUACUAUAGCGAACUACUCGCUAAAUGUGUGUGUCCCAUUAGCGCUAACAUUAUUGUAAGUCUAAUUAAAUGUUAUAUAAUCUAACAGUACAAUUAUAUAGGGUUUGUCAGUUGGCAUCAGUUUGAGCAAGUUAAAUAUUCUUGUUUUCCAAGUGAUGUUUUAACUUGUUCUAAUAUCUCUAAUUAUGGGACAGAAAUGCUCAUACUUAAGUAUUUAAACAGGUGAUGAAGUAGGCCUACUGAUAGAUUAUAUUGAGGAAAAUUAAAUGUAUGAUAAUUAUAUGAUAAAUGUAUGAUAAUCUGGUGGUACAUCUGAUACAUACAUGAUGGACAGCGGUAUCACAUGCAAAAGCUAUCACCGUUAUACUUUUGUAUUCAUUCAACUUUUUCAGUAUAAAUAUCAUAGAAUUCGAAUUAUUCAUUAAAAUGUUCAUAAUGAGCUA